CGGCUGUUCACGUCGUUCUGUAAAUCUACAGUACCAGGGGGCCGAGAUGGGCCGGCCGAGUAAGAAGUUGCCGAAGCGAGGGGCUUCUACGCUGGGCAUGGAGCGCAUGGUUAUCGGCGUGGACGACAUGGUGCUUCUGCCGUCCGUGAGCGAGAACGGCAUCUUGGAAAACCUCAAGGCGCGGCACGGCGGCGACCAAAUCUACACGUUCAUCGGGCACGUGUUGGUGUGCGUGAAUCCAUACAAAUGGCUCGACAUAUACAACGAGAACAUGAUGCGGUACUACGCGCACAAGCAGCGCAUCGACGUGGUGCCCCAUGUGUUUGCCACCGCCGAGGAAACGUAUCGGACCAUGGUGCGUGACGAAGAGAACCAGUGCGUGAUCAUAUCCGGGGAGAGUGGCGCCGGCAAGACGGAAGCUUCCAAGCAGAUCCAGAACUACAUCGCGGGGAUCUCGGGCAGCGGCGAGGGCGUGGACAAGGUCAAGCGAACGUUUCUCGAGUCCAACCCAUUGCUGGAAGCGUUCGGGAACGCCAAGACCGUCCGAAACAACAACUCAAGUCGGUUCGGCAAGUACUUUGAGCUGCUUUUUGACGCGGCAGGACGGCCGCAAGGAGGCCACGUCACCAACUACCUGCUGGAGAAAUCCCGAAUCGUCAAGCCCGGGAAGGGCGAGCGCAACUUUCACAUCUUUUACCAGCUUCUCGCGGGGCUCCCGGACGCCGCGCGCACUUCGUUUGGACUUUCCAGCAAAGCUAGCGACUUCCAGUACCUCCGAGCGUCGGGGUGUUAUACCGUGGACGACCUGAACGACGCCGACGAGUUCCACGCGACCAUGGCCGCCAUGCAGCAUGUAGGCAUCAAGAAGAAGCAAAUCGAGUUGGUCGUGCAGAUGCUGGCUGGGAUUUUGCAUCUCGGCAAUGUCAACUUUGAACCUGUCCAAGUGCAAAAUGCCGAAGGAAGUCGAGUGGCUUUAAAUGAAGCUACAGAGUCGUCGUUGGACCUCGCGUGCCGGCACUUGGGACUUACGGCGCCCGAACUCAGUCGCGCGUUCUGCUACAAGUGGCUGCAUACCAUGGCCCCGGGCGGGAAAGUCGAGAGCUACGAAGUGCCCCAGAAUCCCGACCAGGCCACGAGUCAGCGCGACGCGAUCGCCAAGUUUCUGUACGCAUCCGUGUUUGAUUUCCUAGUCGAGCGCAUCAACAAUGCACUGGAUGUGGACAACACCCUUCACAAAGCGGCCGACUUGGCGAGUAUUGGCAUCCUCGACAUUUAUGGGUUUGAGAUCUUCGACUCGAACGGGUUUGAGCAGUUUUGCAUCAAUUAUGUCAAUGAAAAGCUGCAGCAAAUCUUCAUCGAGCUCACGUUGCAGUCGGAGCAGGCCGAGUACGCUCGCGAAGGAAUUACAUGGACGCCGAUUCCGUUCUUCAACAACAAGGUCGUGUGCGACUUGAUCGAGGGCAAGGGUCCCCCCCCCGGCAUCUUUUUUAUUCUGGACGACACGAUCAAAACCAUGCACAGCCAGCACGGCGACGGCGUGGACCUGACCUUUCUCGAGAAAAUGGCUAGAGUGCACAAGGGCCACGCGCACUUUUCCAAGCGCGGACGCCAGUUUGAGAUCAAGCACUAUGCGGGAAAUGUGCAGUACAGUGUGCUCGGGUUUGGGGAAGCCAAUAAGGAGAGUCUCACCAACGAUGUGAUGGCGUUGGUGCACCAAAGCUCCAAUAAACUGAUCCAGUACCUGUUUCAUCAGACCAAUGAAGAAGGAGAUGAGAGUCACCCGGGACGGAAGAAGCUGGCGCUGACCGCGGGCACCAAGAUCCGGACGCAGUGCGCGGCGCUUGUGGCGGCGCUCAUGGACUGCCAGCCGCAUUACGUGCGCUGUAUCAAAUCUAAUGAUCGCAAGCAGCCCAACAACAUUGACGACAAGCGAGUGCUGCACCAAAUCCAGUACUUGGGGCUGCUGGAAAACGUCAAAGUUCGCCGGGCGGGGUACGCGUACCGCGGCGACUACGGCCGUUUCUUAGAUCGAUUCAAGUGGCUGGCCAAGGAAACAUCGCGGGAAUUCAGCGGCAAGGACGCGGCGGGAUGCAAGUACAUCGUGAAGGCGGCUCAGAAGGACAUCCCCGCGCUUCAAGAUGAAGUCCAGUGGGGCCAGACGAUGCUGUUUAUCCGGACGCCCGAGGCGUUCUUCGCGCUCGAGAAGCUCCGGGAGCGGACGUUUGGGGUGUUUGUGAGUCGCAUUCAGCGGGCGUGGACCAAGUACGCCGGGCGGCGGCACCUGCUGCAGCUGAGCGCCGACAUCUCCAAGCUGUACGCCAAGCAGGGCAAGGGCCGGCAACGCGUGAGUUUAUACCGACCAUUCGACACAGAUUACUGCCGAGACAGUCAAGUUCGGGCGGCGAUUCUGGCGGUUUUGCAGUACCACGGCGACGACACCUCCAAGUUGCUCUUCUGCGACAACGUUGACAAGAUCUCAAAGCUGGGCAUCCGACAGCCCAACUUUUACUUGGUCGUUACUGCCUCUGCCAUGUACAUUUUGGAAGGCCAAGAUCCAGCAUCAUCGGUGGACCCAAAGGCAGUCGUACCGCCGCUCGUGAGCUUACGCCGCCGUCUGCCGCUGUCCGCCAUCGAAGGCAUCGUCAUGUCCCCGUUCGCAGAUCCGUUCUUGGUGCUCCGGAUCACGCAGACCCCCGUCCUCCCCACACCAGACGUUUCCCACUGGAAGGAUAACAAGAGCUCGGCUUCAUGUAUGGCCACCAACAAGAAGUUCUCGCUCUUUACGAGGCGCCACCACUGCCGCGUCACGGGCAACUUGUACUGCGCCGACGUCGUGUCCAACCUGCACCCGGUGCCCGACCGAGGGUGCUACACCCCGGUCCGAGUCGUGGACUCGGUGGUUGGGUAUUUUUCCACAGACAUGGCCGAGGACGUGUGCUUGGCGUCCGAGAAGAAGACGGAGAUCGCCGUCGUGAUUGUGAAUGCGCUGCGCACCAUCUCCAUCACAUUUGACAAGGCCAUUCGACUGCGCACCGCGUCCGUCCUCUCCACGAGUCCGUCGGACACGCUCACGUUUGAGACCGGCGCCGCCACAGCCAUCACGGUCCGGCCGGGCAACAUCGUCAUCACCGUGGCCGCGGCGGACCAAGUGCCCGCGCAGUACCUGGAGGCGCGCAAGAAGCGCGAGCGGAGGCGGAAGAAGCAGCGCGACGCCCAGCGCGCGGCGGACGAAGCCAUCCGCACCGCCCGGCGGGAAGUGCGCGAAAAGGAGCGAGAGGAGGAGCGGCUCCGGCGAGUGGCCGAAAAGAAGGCGCGCAAGGCGUCGGAGCGUGCGAAACGAUCGAGUUCGGGGGGCAACCUCGCCACGAACGGCGCCAACGUCCGGAAAUUUGGCGAACAACUUGCUCUACCGCAGAGCAACGCCACCUCGGAGCUGGCCGCGGCGUUGGCGCGUCGACGGGGGAAUUGACGGACCAAGUGCUUGCAGUAUUGUUGGCGCGAUAAGGUUUUAGCAAUAUUUUAAAGUAUUUGCGCUGGUCUGGAUGAUGCCAAGUGAUAAAUAAAUCUAUCAGAAAGCUUGCAA